AUGGGGGAGUUAAAAUACUUUCUCGGACUUCAAAUUAAACAAUUCAAAAAAGAGACAUUUGUGUGUCAAACAAAGUAUUGUCAAGAGUUGCUUAAACGCUUUAGAAUGGUAGAUGCAAAGUCAAUUGACAUUAUAAUGCCCACAGAUGGAAACUUAGACAAAGAUGGAAAUGGUAAGGAUGUUGACAUCAAAAGGUAUAGAGGUAUGAUUGGACCUCUCUUAUAUCUUACUGCAUCUAGGGCUGACAUUUUGUUUAGUGUGUGCAUGUGCGCUAGAUAUCAAUCCCCUCCUAAGGAAUCUCAUUUAAAAGUCGUAAAGCGCGUCUUUAGAUAUCUUCAUGGUACUUCUAAGUAUGGGCUUUGUUAUCCCAAAGGAUGCGAUUUCAAUUUAGUUGCUUACUCUGAUUCCGACUUUGUCGGUUGCAAAUCGAAUAGGAAGAGCACCAGUGGAACUUGCCACUUAUUUUCAAAUUCUUUAGUUAGUUGGCAUAGCAAGAAGCAAGUCUUCGUUGCCUUCUCAGCUGGUGAGGCGGAAUUCGUCGCAGCGGAUAGUUGUUGUGCUCAAAUUAUAUGGCUCAAACAAUAA